AUGGCUGUCCUGUGGCUGCUGCUGCUAGUGGGGCUGCCCACGUUCUUACUGGGACUCUUUAUAUGGGCUGUGGUUAAGCAUAUUCUCACAGCAAAAGUUCCUUCCUCCUUACAGCAUCCAAUCAAGUUCAGGUUUUUGCAUUGUCUGAUGCUCUUCAUAAUGGCCUUGGGGAAUAUACUAGAGAAACUGAGAAUUUGUGCUUCACUUCACUUCAUUCAGUUUAUUUGUGAUGUAGGGGUCGUAAAGAAUGACCCUGCCUUGGUGGUAACCAAUAUGCAUUUUGGGUCAAUCCCUGUGAGACUGUUCCAGCCCAAAGCGGUGUCCUCCAAACCUCGGAGAGGCAUCAUCUUCUACCAUGGAGGGGGUGCCAUCUUUGGUAGCCUUGACAUGUACCAUAGCCUGUGCAAUUUCCUGGCCCGGGAGACAGACUCAGUGUUGCUAUCAGUUGGGUACCGAAAGCUUCCUGACUACCAUCACCCUGUCAUUUUCAAGGAUUGCCUGAAUGCCACCAUCCAGUUCCUGAAGAACCUGGAAACCUACGGGGUGGACCCCUCUCGGGUGGUACUCUGUGGAGAGAGUAUUGGAGCUUGGGCUGUGGCCACUGUCAUCCAGGUCUUGGUCAGUAGCCCUAGUCUCCCCCAGGUCCGGGCUCAAGUCCUGAUUACUCCAAUAAUCCAGGCCAUUAAUUUAUGCUUACCAUCUCAUCAGCAGAAUAAAAACGUCCCUUUUCUUACUAGAGACAUGAUGAUUAUGGCUUUGUGUAAAUACCUGGCCAUUGACCUCUCUUGGAAAGAUGCCAUAUCGACAGGUGCCAUUGUACCUCUGGACAAAUGGAAGAAGUACAGGAAAUGGCUCAGCUCUGACAACAUCCCCAGAAGGUUCUGGAGUCAAGACCCACAACCUGAGUUUCUUGGAUGUUUUAAUGAGGCUGCCUAUCUAGAAACAAAACACAUUUUCGAUAUAGGAAUUUCACCUAUCUUAGCAGAUGAUAAGACCAUUGCUCAACUUCCUGAGGUAUUCAUUGUGAGCUGUGAAAAUGACAUCCUCCGGGAUGAUGCCUUGCUCUACAAAAAGCGCUUUGAAGACCAGGGAGUCCCUGUGACCUGGUACCAUGUGGAGGAUGGCUUUCACGGAUGCCUAACAUUGUUUGAUUGGAAGUUUUUAUCUUUCCCCUGCUCCAAGAAAAUAGUAAACACUGUCGCUAGUUACAUAAAGAACAUAUGA